UUGAAUGAACUGAAAACAUAUUUAUAAUAUUUAUUCUUGGUUUUGGAUUUCAAAGUUUUAAAAAGGGGGCAUCUAUCAAGUUUUGACUUCUUUAAAAACAACAACUUUAAAUCCAGUUUAAAAAAAGGGCUUUCAUUUCACGCAAAAAAUCUUUUGUAUACUAUAUAUCUGUAUACAUAUUUUAAAUUACACUGGAGUUUAACGUUACCAAAUGGAUCACAAUAUUCCGGGACCCUUUCUGUUCAACAACACCCUAAGCCAGCUGAGCACAGACAGCAAGGCCCCCGUGUGCCAGUACUCUGUGCAGAACUCCUUUUACAAGCUGCACCCUUCCUCCUCUCUCCACUGCCAGCUCCAGCCUGGCACCCCCCAUGGCAUCAGCGAUAUCCUGAGCAGGCCGGUGAUGGGGGGCCCCAGCGGGACCCUCCUCUCCGGCUACUCCCACAUGGGGGGCUUUGGGACCGCCCCCACCCCGGGGGUCUACUACAACCGGGACUACGCGCCAUCCAUGGGGGGCUACUCCAAACCCGGAGGCGAGUUCCCAGCCAAGGGGAGGACUGGCGGCUGCUGGAGCGAGGCUGGCUACGACUGGAGGGCAGGCAGGGAGCAGUGUGGCAACACAGGCAGCGGGCAGCUCACAGCCAUGCCCGGCCGGAAGAAGCACACGCGCCCCACGUUCAGCGGGCACCAGAUCUUCGCGCUGGAGAAGACCUUCGAGCAGACCAAGUACCUGGCAGGGCCGGAGCGAGCCCGGCUGGCAUACUCACUGGGCAUGAGCGAGUCACAGGUCAAGGUGUGGUUCCAGAACCGGCGCACCAAGUGGCGCAAGAAGAGCAGCUCCGAACCGAGCUCCACGCAGCGGGCUGGGCCGGACCAGGCGGUGUCGGAGAACGAGGUGGAGGACGACGAGUACAACAAGCCCCUGGACCCCGACGAGGAUGACGAGAAGAUCCGUCUGCUCCUGCGCAAACACCGAGGGGCCUUCUCCGUGCUGCGGCUGGGCCCCCACCACCUCUGAACCCCCUUGAGGACCACAGGGGGGGGGGCACUGCUGCAACCCCAUGUUCAGGAUCUGAACUCCCAAGCCUGGUAGACUCGACUCCCCCACCGCCCUGCUCAAGAGUAAUUUUACUCAGCUUGCAACCUCUGUUAGAUAUCACACUGCUGCCACCACAUGUAAGGUGUUGAUUACUGCACCCUUGCACAGGGGGACAGCGAUUUGAACUCACAACCCCCCGGCUCCAAAGACUACCAGGUGAGCCAAAGGAGCAGCUCCCUCAGCCAAUCUGACCGGAGUUCUUUACAUCAGCCUGGGUGUUUGAAUCCUCUUCCGCCUCCUGCAGCAACACACACUGCACACUGCAGGCUGAGAUCAAACAUGACUUACUUUAAACUGGAGCUGCUGCUUAUAUAGAAGACCUUUGAUUUCAAGACUUUACGACUUCAUAUAAUUUGUUUUUAAGCUACCGAUUUUAGCCACCGUGUACCAGCUUCUUCCAAAGUACCGAACAUUGAGUCUUUUGAUUAAUUGUGAAUUUUGCAUUCACUCUGUUGACGUGUAUGUAAUAUAUAUAGUGCAUUUAAAACCAUGAAACUGAGAAUGUCAAAGAGGAAACCCAUUUGACCACGACAAAGACACAUCUGGGAUAAUACGCACCCAUUCUAGCCCCUGCGUUGCUUCGACCCCCCGGCGUGCUGAUUGAUCACGUUGCAUUGAUACUGAUUAUCCGUCGGGAUGAUCCCGGCGCUUUCACAGACGCUUUCCCGGUUUCGAAAUGAUGAGAAUAUUCAAACAGCUGAAGCAAUAAAACCCGGCCGACUGAGAACUCUGAUUUUAAAUGUAACAAACUGUAGAUUGUGUAUGUAAUAAACUCUUCAAGCUCCUCUGACGAAAUUAAACAGGCAUCUUCAAGCACGUUUGUAAAUGAGCUGCACUGCUGUCAUUCAGAUCACACUGAGAGAACCGCCUUAAGAAUCUUUCAGCCGUGCUUUGAAUUUAAAUCACGGGAGAUCCGGGCGUCGUCCCCCAGUGUGUGUGUGUGUGCGCCAUUUAUUUAUUUGUAUUUUUUUUUAUAUAUAAAUAAAAAAAUGUUUUCUGCAACAUCAAAAGAAAGCUGUAAGGUGGACGGCCACACAGACACCCCUGUUUUUCUUAAGCAUGUGUUGAAAUGUUGCAGUUCACCUAAUCUCAUUUUAAUUGUGUAAUAAAUGAUGGACAACUGAUACCCAUCAAGCCAAUUUCUUUAUUUCUUUUACCCAUUGACGCAAGGAAUGGAAAAUACAACAGCAAACCUAUUUGGUUGCAAUGAAAUGCAUAU